AUGGAUUCGAUUUACGAUACCAGCUUCAUGGUGCUGGCUGCGGGGACGGCUGCCGCGGGCGCGGUCCUCUCAUAUAUUUCAUACUACGUGUGGGGGCGACCUGCUGAGGCUGCCACCCCAGCCCCAGCCCCAGAAGAGACAUCUCCAAGCGCUGAUCUACGAGAUGAGGCACCCACCAAGGCCCCAGAGUUCGAGCAAGAGCCGCCUUCGCCGCGGGGAAAAGAAAAGAUUACAUCUGAGUCGGGUGGGCUGCUGGCAAUCCCGAGUGGCGGCUCUGCUAUCCUCGUCUCCCCCAUCAAGGAGCGACCCCGUGCACCUGCUCGCACUCUCCCCUCUCGCGGACACCUCAAGGCGCGGCCUGCCAUCGAUCCGCGCUCUGAGUUUCAGAAGCAACUAGACGAACAGGCCACGAGCGCGCAACAAACCGAGAGCGCGCCCAGCAGCGCUGCGAGCGAGUCGCAGCAGUCCAGCAGCUCCAGCAGACCGCCGGCUGGCUUCGCCCCUCCCUCGGCUGGCCGAGGUCGUGGCGCGCCGAUGGGCAUAGGCGGGCAGGGCAUGGCCAUGCAGGACCUCGCCGCUGCUCGGGCCCGGAUGCGCAAGGCCGAGCAGUAA